GAGGACAGACCGCAGCAGCAGAGGAAGAGGAGACACUGACGGGACUCUGAGUUUACAGAUUUUAUUAAAUAUAAACUCCUGAUAAUUUUAUUAAUAUAAAUAAAGAUGCUGCAGGUGAAUGAGACGGAGCUUCCGGUCCUGUCGGAGUACAGCUUCGAGCGGCGCUUUGACGAGAGAGGAGCGAUUGAGUGGAUGCAGGCUAACUGGAGCAAGUCUUUCGUGUUCAGCGCUCUGUACGCCGCCCUGGUGUUCGGAGGUCAGCACUACAUGAAGCCUCGACCCAAAAUGAACCUGCGGCGGCCGCUCAUCCUCUGGUCGCUCAGCCUUGCCCUCUUCAGCAUCAUCGGUGCGAUCCGGACCGGCUCCUACAUGCUCCACAUCCUGAGCAGCAGCGGCUUCAGACAGUCCAUCUGUGACCAGAGCUUCUACAACGGACCCGUCAGCAAGUUCUGGGCCUACGCCUUCGUCCUGAGCAAAGCUCCAGAGCUCGGCGACACGGCGUUCAUCGUGCUGAGGAAGCAGAAGCUGCUCUUCCUGCACUGGUACCACCACAUCACCGUGCUGCUGUACUCCUGGUACUCCUACAAAGACAUGGUGGCCGGCGGCGGCUGGUUCAUGACCAUGAACUACACCGUGCACGCGCUCAUGUACAGCUACUACGCGGCGCGCGCCGCUGGCCUGUGCGUGCCGCGGCCGUUCGCCGUGCUCAUCACCAGCGCUCAGAUCGGUCAGAUGGCGAUGGGGCUGACGGUGAGCGCGCUGGUGUACCGCUGGAUGCAGCACGGAGACUGCCCCUCCCGCCUCGACAACAUCACCUGGGCUGCCAUCAUGUACCUCAGCUACCUGCUGCUCUUCUCCAACUUCUUCUACCAGACGUACCUGCGCCGCCGCGGGGACGCCAAGACGCGUAAGGCUGAGUAGAGACCAGGGGCAUUGUGGGAGAUCUGACUGUGUGUCAUGUCUCUGUUGAACUGAAGCUGCUAACAUUUAAACAUCUUUAACGUGACAUUUUAUAUUUCUGACGGGAACUGGAACCAUCGUUUGUUUGGCUGACCUCAGGAGUCAUUUGAAUAACUUUGUGUUCAUUCAGAGCAGAAGAUCAACUCCACAUCCAACAUCUGAUGAAUCAAAUCAUCAGACAAAAACACUUGUAAAUCAAUGACUUGUUUUUAAAUCUGCAGGAAACAUCUGUAACAGUGUCGAAUGAUGUCACUUCAGAUUUUUUGAAGUUUGACGGACACACAAAGGUCAAAGCAUCGUAAAGUUAAUCAGACUAAAUGAUAAAUGAGUCAGUUUUAUCGCCUCAUAAUUUCCAGCGACUGAUUUUAGUUCACACACACUUGUUUCAAACACGCCUUCAUCACUGGGCCCGACGACACAUGACGUCAUCCUGACUGACGACCUGCUGGACUUUAGUCAAAAGAUUUGUUGACGCUCACUUCGAUGACUCGUCACCCGUCACACCCAGCAGGCUGAUGAAACCACCACUCCCACCCCAAACCGCUCGUACUGGUGUAACUGGUUUCCCCUGUCCACACCUCCAGUCCUGUGUGUGAGGAGCCAAUCAGGAGGCAGCAGCAGACGGUUUACACAAAUCUCACCUGGAGUUUGAUGUUUGAGUCACACUGUGUUUACAGGAAGUGAUUUUAAAGCUCCGUGUUGACGGCGGACACGUCUAAACUGUCACCAGAAUCCAACGUGACGUCCUCAAACAUCUUGUUCUCAGCAGUCUGAAACUGAUUUGAGAAGCUGAAACCUGCCACUCGAUAAACGUCAACAGUUAAAUAUCUGUCCGUUGACUUUUAUUUGAAUCGACUCGUCGUUUGAGCUCUUUGCUGCUUUUAAACUUUGUGUUUGGUAAAAUCAGUUUGUUUACAUGUAAACAAGAACCUUACGUUAGUUUUGAGGUUGUUUUUUUUUCCAUCCACGUUUUCCAGCUGAGAAACAAAAAUCUAUGACGUGAUUUAUUUAUUAAUAUUUAUUUGACGUAUGAUGGCAGCCAGUCGGUGGCCGGAGAAGUCUCCAAACACACAUCACUAAUGUUUGUUUAUUAAUAUCACUGACGUGUUGAUCACAUGUAUUUAUGAGUUUGUAUUUUUUAUACUGUUUUUUGCACCAGAGAUUUUUGUUUACUGAAAGCUGUCGUCAGGAAACAUCUUCCUCACAAACAUGCUGUUUAUUGUUAUUAUUAUUGUUUUGAAGUGUGUGAUGUGAAAGUUUCUGAGUUUUAAGGAGACGUUCAGCAGCAGAAGCUGUUUGAUGAACGCUGACUGACGAUAAUUUUCUGUAUGAACACACCUUUAUAUUUCUGCUGUUGAUGAACAUGAGAACAUGUGAACACCUUCAGGUUCAAAACAUUUUAUUUAUUGUUUGAAAAAUAUAAUAAAGAAGCUGUUUAUAAA